AUGCAACCAACAUCCACCGCCACGGGCAUCCUCGACCACCAGAGGGCGCCCGUACCUCAGGCUUUGGCUCAAAACGCCUGCUGCCAGAUGAUGUCUCUCUGUCAGAGCGUCUCUCCCCACUCUCUGUCCCCCAGCACAGCAGAGGCAGCCGCCCUGGAGUGGAAGCUGCUGGAGGAUUAUCGCUUUGGGCGGCCGCAGCUAGUGGAGUUGUGCGGUCAUGCUAGUGCUGUGGCUGUGCCCAAGGUGUUCCCCUUGCCUGCUCUCUCCUGGAAGCAGAGGACGGUGCUGGUCGUGUGCGGCCCAGAGCAGAACGGAGCAGUGGGGCUGGUCUGUGCCUGGCACCUGUAGGUGUUUGAGUACGAGCCAACCAUCUUCUACCCAACAUGCUCGCUGGACCUGCUGCACUGGGACCUGACCACCCAGUGCAAGAAGAUGGACAUCUCCUUCCUGUCCUACCUGCCCUCGGAGGUUCAGCUCAUUAACGAUGCCUAUGGGCUGGUGGUGGACGCCAUCCUGGGCCCCGGCGUGGAGCCCAAUGAGGUUAGGGGCCCUUGCACCCGCGCACUGGCCACAGUGAAGCUGCUGUCCAUCCCACUUGUGGGCCUGGACAUCCCCCUCAGGCAUUUCCCAGGCUGGGACACGGAGACUGGCGGCCACGCAGAAGACGGGCUGCGGCCCGACGUGCUGGUGUCGCUUGUGGCACCCAAGCGCUGCGCUGGCCGCCUCUCCGGGCGCCACCACUUCGUGGCCGGCAGGUUUGUGCCUGACGACGUGCACCGCAAGUUUGCUCUGCGCCUGCCGGGGUACACGGGCACCGACUGCGUGGCGGCGCUGUGACCUCCAGCCGCUCCUGCGCUGCUUGGGGUAGGUGGCGGGGGGCUGAGGGGGGAGGGCGCGCCAAUAAACAGAUCGCCCACCACCA